CAACCAAAGAUUCUAGAACAGAGCUCCGCUCUAGAAUCUUUGGUUGAAGAUCCUUGAUUAUUAACCAUUAACCCCUCCGCUUCAACCAGAGAUCCAAGCUGAUCUAAAUAAAACUCGGAUUGGUGCGGAGACUCCAAUCAGACGGACGGAUUCCUUACUGAAGAUUUGGAAGAGGCGACUAUUUAAUACCCUUAGCCAUGUCUAACGCUGAGAAGGUUCUCAUCACCGAGCCAGACGCUAUAGGCAAAGCUGAUAAUGCACCAACAGUCCUCAUGAACGCCACCUAUACAGACCCCUAUGAAAAGGCUGUCAGAUACAUGGAGAAGCACAACAUAUUGCAGCUAUUUCAGGAGAUAGCUGAGAACCUGGUGUUUGACCGACCUACAGAUCCACUGCAGUCAAUGCUGGAACAGGUGCAAAGGAAGAUCAAGGAUCGCGAGGAGGCGGAAUCGGAAGGAAAAGGUGGUUUUGAAAAAUGAAAAUAAUUGAAAACA